UAUAAUUUCUUACUUGUUUUCGAAAUCUAAACAAUUACAAAUAGUUUUUCCAACUGGUUUUUAUGACAAUUUGUAAGGUUUAGGUAAAUCCCUUAUUUGAACGUGAUUCUUUGCUUAAUACUAGUUGAAAAGUUCUAAGAAAUGUAUAUUUCACGUGUGUCAUCGCCAAAGCAGAAACGCAUUUAAAACUUAAUAUAAAUAAUAGUUUUCACACUUCAUUCAACAUCAUUGUCUCAGUGGUGUUUCUAAUAAGAUGCAAUUCUACGCUUUGUUUAUUUUAGUAUUGGCUUUAAUAGCUUGUGCUUUGGGUAAUCCUAAUCCCAAUCCUAGACCAUAUCCUAGACCCUUAGGUGGUGGAGGAGGAGGUGGCGGUGGAGGCGGUUCUAAUGGAGGUGGUGGUGGCGGAGGCGGCGGUGGUGGAAAGUAAUUUGUAUUACUAAGGGAUUUAUCAAAUAUAAGGAUAUUUAUAACCAUCGUUUUAAGUGUUCGUUAAAGUUAAAAAAUUAAAUAAAUUUUAGUAAUUGAAAAAAUUUAA